ACCGGGUGGAGGAGUGGUGGGGGGGAGAGAGAGCGGAGGCCGAGGGGAAGGAAAUGCACCAAUCAGAGGCUCCCCCGGGCUCACAACUGUCGGCGGCGCCAGGAAAACAAGCUGGUGCGCUGGGGACCCGGGGCCGGGGCCGCCUCGCUCCGGCCUAGCCCCGUGGCCCUUACUGCAGCCCCGGGGCAUGCUCGGGACACCUCGCGGCUCGAGCACUGAAGCCCCGGCCUCAGGACGGUGUGCGAACGCAGACCCCCGCCCUCCUAGGUCUCUGCCCCCGCGCGAGGCCCGGGCGGUGCGGCCGGAGGGAGCGGCCGGAUGGAGCGGAGGAUGAAAGGCGGAUACUUGGACCAGCAAGUGCCCUACACCUUCUGCAGCAAAUCGCCCGGAAAUGGGAGCUUGCGCGAAGCGCUGAUUGUCCCGCAGGGGAAGCUCAUGGACCCCGGCUCCCUGCCGACCCCCGACUCCGAAGAUCUCUUCCAGGAUCUAAGUCAUUUCCAGGAGACGUGGCUCGCUGAAGCUCAGGUACCAGAUAGUGAUGAGCAGUUUGUUCCUGAUUUCCAUUCAGAAAAUUUAGCUUUCCACAGCCCCACCACCAGGAUCAAGAAGGAACCCCAGAGUCCCCGCACAGACCCGGCCCUGUCCUGCAGCAGGAAGCCACCACUCCCCUACCACCAUGGCGAGCAGUGCCUUUAUUCCAGUGCCUAUGACCCCCCUAGACAAAUCACCAUCAAGUCCCCCACCCCUGGUGCCCCCGGACAGUCGCCCCUGCAGCCCUUUCCCCGGGCAGAACAGCGGAGUUUCCUGAGAUCCGCCGGCACCUCUCAGCCCCGCCCUGGCCAUGGGUACCUCGGGGAGCACAGCUCCAUCUUCCAGCAGCCCUUGGAUGUUUGCCACUCCUUCACAUCCUCUCAGGGAGGGGGCCGGGAACCCCCCCCAACCCCCUACCAACACCAGCUGUCGGAGCCCUGCCCACCCUACCCCCAGCAGAGCUUCAAGCAGGAAUAUCUUGACCCCCUGUAUGAACAGCUGGCCAUGGGCCAGGGUGGGGUCAAUGGGCACAGGUACCCAGGGGCGGGGGUGGUGAUCAAACAGGAACAGACUGACUUCGCCUAUGACUCAGGAAACAGCUGCUCCCUGGAAUCCUGGGCCUGGUGGAACAGUUUUGCCCAGACCCAGCUGCUGCCAUCCCUGCCCUCUGGCCCAGCCCUUCAGCUGAAGGGUUCUAGCCUCACGCCUCUGGAUGUCCCUGGCUGUGCGUCAAUGUACCUUCACACGGAGGGUUUCCCCGGGCCCUCUCCACGUGAUGGGACCAUUGGCUAUGGCUAUGAGAAACCUGUGCAGCCAUUCCCAGAUGAUGUCUGCGUCGUCCCUGAGAAAUUUGAAGGAGACAUCAAACAGGAAGGGGUUGGAGCAUUCCGAGAGGGACCGCCCUACCAGCGCCGGGGUGCCUUGCAGCUGUGGCAGUUUCUGGUGGCCCUGCUGGAUGACCCAACAAAUGCCCACUUCAUUGCCUGGACUGGCCGGGGAAUGGAGUUCAAACUAAUUGAGCCUGAGGAGGUCGCCAGGCUCUGGGGCAUCCAGAAGAACCGGCCGGCCAUGAAUUAUGACAAACUGAGCCGCUCACUCCGAUACUAUUAUGAGAAAGGCAUCAUGCAGAAGGUGGCUGGCGAGCGUUACGUGUACAAGUUUGUGUGCGAACCUGAGGCCCUCUUCUCUCUGGCCUUCCCGGACAAUCAGCGUCCAGCUCUCAAGGCCGAGUUUGACCGGCCAGUCAGUGAGGAGGACACAGUCCCUUUGUCCCACUUGGAUGAGAGCCCUGCCUACCUCCCAGAGCUGACUGGCCCUGCCCAGCCCUUUGGCCCCAAGGGUGGCUAUUCCUACUAGCCCACCCCUAGCAGCUGCUCCUUCGCCGCCAGGGUGAUGCCCUGUGUACAUAUAGAUGAAUUUGGUGUUGGGGAAACCCUCACUCUGAAACCCACAGAUGUCUGGAACAUCCCCACUGGCCCAUCGGUUGCCCUGGUCCAGACUCUGAGCUGCUCACCAGACAUGAUGGGAAGGAAAAGUGGAGAUACUGCAAGUGAAACUCUUGGGGGCUUCACCUCCGGCCUCUUCCCAGGUCCUGCUCAGAGGCCCGUGCCCUACUCCCUCUCCCCCAUCACAGAGAACAAGUUUGUUCUGUUCCGGGGGCCAGAGGAGCAUCCCCACUUCAUCCUGGUGGAGAGGGAUGCAUUGAGCUCCCCAGAUCUCCCACUGUGGGGAGACAGAAGCCUAGUUCCUGUACUCCACCUCCAAGUUGUGACCCUGAGGGUCCUGCUUGUCAGUUCUCGGUGCUCUGUGUUCCCAGGGCCAGGGGAGGUCGGAGGAAGGAACCUGGGGUGGGGGAGGGGUUGCUAGUAGAGGAGGGAGGGCUGGGCUCCGGCUCCCAGGGCCCUCCGCUCUGCCUUUGCCUAGGCCUAGGCCUGGGAUACCACCUCCACCUCCACCUCCACCUCGUCCGCCGGACCCUAAUAAAGGCCCCUGCUUCUCCUGUUA